UUAUGAUAUUUAGGCGUAAAUUUUCCUGAAAUUCCGAAAAGAUAUUUUGUGGGGAUUCAUUUCCUAUGCUUGAAAUCAUCUAAAUUUCUGCAAUAAAAAUUUUAUUGUCUGAGAAACAGUAUUUCCUACAUUUGAAGAUUUUAUUACCUUACACAUAUUUUAGAUAUUUCUGAUACUUUCAACCGUAUGAAAGUAAAUUUUAUAGAAGCCCAGUGACUUUAUAAACAUAGAUAUCUCCAUAUACGAAAAUAAUUAUCAAAAAAUACAAGUUUAUUUAUAUGUGAACAUUUUAAUUACUUGAGAAAAGUGUUCGUUUUGCUCGAUCAUAGCAUAACUUCCUAAAUUUGAAAAAGUGCAGUAUUAUGUGUAGUGGCAUGAUUUUUAGAAAAGGAUAUUUUUCGUAUAUUUCUCAACUAGUUACCUUUUCAUCCUAGGUGUCCCUUGAUUUAUGAAAAUGGCCUUUCCAAGAGAAGAAUGGCCUUCCGUCGAUCCCGUCACAACCCUCCCAAGCAUCUUAGAACGAAAAGGAUUGCUCUAUUUCUCCGCAUUCUGUGUCAUCAUGAUCAUCAUAGUUGGACUAACAGGCAACGCUUUAACCAUCAUCGCCUUGAUGCGAUGUCCAAGAGUUCGGAGUGCCACAGCAGCUUUCAUCAUCAGCUUAAGCGUAGCGGACUUUAUUUUCUGUUGCAUCAAUCUUCCCUUUUCUGCAUCCCGUUUCAUCAAUCUUAGAUGGGUUCAUGGAGAUACACUUUGUGUCCUCUUCCCUUUCCUUCGAUACGUGAAUGUGGGCCUCUCACUCCUUUCCAUCACUGCUAUUGCCAUCAACCGUUACAUCCUCAUAGUUCAUCCCUCACUUUAUGGAAAGGUAUACAGAAAACGCUAUAUCGCUGCCAUGAUCGUAUUUAUCUGGUGUUUCUCUACGGCAAUGAUAUUACCAACGUUGCUUGGUAAGUGGGGUAGAUUCGGCUACGACCCUGCUAUCCUAAACUGCUCCAUACUAGAAACCAACGGCCAAUCUUCAAAGACUUUCCUCUUCGUCUUUGGAUUCGUGGUACCAUGCUUGGCCAUAGCUAUUUGCUAUGCUCGAAUCUUCUGGGUAGUUCGCAAAAGUCGAGCUCGAAUCCUAAAGCAUUCAUCAACAGAAACUUCAGCCCAAAGAAAGGAUCGAGAAGCUAAGAGACGUAAAGAAGAAUGGAGAGUAACUCGGAUGGUGCUUAUCAUCUUCUGUUCAUUUCUGGUCUGUUACCUGCCCAUAACCAUCGUAAAGGUUGCAGACCAAGAAGUGAAGCGUCCUGAAUUACACAUUGUUGGAUAUUUGCUGAUCUAUUUAAGUGCAUGCAUAAACCCAGUGAUUUAUGGUAUCACAAAUAAGCAAUAUAGACAAGCCUAUAAAACUGUUUUACUGUGCAGAAGACCAAGAGCUCUCAGUUUCAGUGGUGGAAAUCCUCCUCAUCAACAACAUGAUGACUCUACUGGGUUACGAACCACUAUAACUCUAGUUGCUCCACCUCAUAGUAUGUCAUGUGGUCCAGAUUCAGUGUUUGAAGAAAAAUCCGUCUGAUUCACUCAAAAUAUAAUUUGAUCAGAUCUGUCAAGCUUAUAAAACUGUUUUACUAUGCAGAAGAACUAUUAGUUUCAGGAGUGGAAAAAACCUCCUCGUCAACAAUAUAAUGACUUUGCAUCACUAUAACUCGUGUUGCUCCACGUCAUAACAUGCCAUGUGGUCACGUGUUUGAAGAAGAAUUCCCCUGAUAAAGUCAAGUUAUAGAUCUAUAUCAAAUUUAUCCAUCACCCAUUUUUCUGUUUUUGUCUUUUUCAGCAGUCUUUAGGCCAAGUCUGCUGAAGACAUUUUCUACAAGUCUUAGAAAAAAUUAGCUCAAAUCUGCUGUAAAACAAUUUUUCAAAAUUGAAACAUAUAUAUUUCUAUAAAAUACAAGGAAUAUUGAUAUUAUACAGCCAGGCAAGGACGACACAAAACUGUUGUUAAAAUUCAGUUUUUCCGAUUAGAUUAAGAAAAGUAUAUCCUGUUUGUCACCAAUAUUGAGAAAGAAACUGGACUAAUCAUAUUUUCAACAAUUAAAGGAAAAUUGUUCAUUAUGAAUACGUUAUAACAUUCAUGACAAAUAUGUGAUACUAUUGAACUAAAAUUGCAUUUGUAUUAUAGAAGGAUAUGUUGUAUUAUUCAAUCAUACAUGAUUCAUUUUUCAUGAUUUUAUAACAUUUAUAACUUAAAUCAAUUCUUGUGUAAUUUUCUUGUAUGGCUAUCAUUUCGCACAAAAUUUUAUGUACUGUAUUUUUCAUAAAUAAUUUAAAUUUCAUUUUUAUUAUUCAUAAAAAAUUGUUAGGCA